GGCAUAAAUGGGUAAAUACAUAAGAUAUCUUGAAAUUUGAAAUUAACGUAAUUUAUACAAAAUUAUUUUUCUUUUAAUUUUAAACUAAAUUGUGAAAUAAUAUUUUCAAUUAUUUACUCUUUGUAAACAAAACUCUUUAAAUAUAUAACGGUAUAAAAAGAUUUGAAGAAAAUAAAAAAAUAUCAUUCCGAACAUAGAGGAAGAAUAUAAAAAGCAUAUAAACAUAGUUUUUUCUUUAUAAAUCAUAAAAAAAAAUGGCUGUAAAUCGUUCAUCACGAAUGUUCCAUUCCAUUGGAUUAUUGCUUACGCUACUUAUUGCUUGUCAAAUAAAAGAGAACAAUGCCGAUGACACUCAAAAGCUCGAAUUAAAUCAAGUUUAUUCUUUUUUCAAUCGAAAAAGUUCAAAUGAAGAAAAUGAUUCAGGACUUUAUGUGAUAGAUACCUGGGACUUGGAAGCACCAGACAGUUAUAAAACUAGCCUUAAUUGUUCAUUGAACGUCCCAACGGAAAACUGUGAUGAGCACUCAAUUCAAAUUAUCGUCAAUCCUAGCGAUGACAGUAGUUUACCAAUCAUUUAUUGCGGAAAUACCAAUUUUUCUGCAUUUUCAAAAGAAAAUAAAAUAAAAUUGAUGUUUCAAACUAUAAAUUCAAAGUUGGCAGUGUUUCGAUGUACCGCAAUGGUAGUUUCGCUGUGAUUUUCAUAAUAUUAUAAAAGUUUAAAAUUUUAUAUAUUAUUGCUAUUAUAUGUAUAAUUUUAAACAUAAUAUGGUAGAAAUGAACAUUUAUCAAAACAUUUUAUACCUGAAAUAUUUGUAUAUUUAAAUUUUAAAUAAAUAUGUAAAUAAAUGAUAAAUUGUGCUUGUGACUUUUCACCUACAAUCAAAAAUUUUAAGUAACUAUUUCUUCAACUUCUUCUUCUUCUUAUUUGAGGUAAGUAACUAUUUAAUUAUUUCGAUGUAAUGUAACCAAAAAAAAAAAUUUUUUUUAAAAUAUUUGUACAUGUGUGGACUAACCUUUAUUUAACCUUUCAUGAGAGAGAAAAGGAUAGAAGUAUCGUUUAUCCUUUUCUGUCCCACGUACAACGUGGAGAUAUAAAGGUGCCUUCACACUUUACGACUUUUUGGAAAAGCAAUAAGAAAUAGAUGUCAGUAACAAAAUGGAAAUAGGAAUAAAGUUAGUUAUUUGUGGUCAGAAAUAGAACCACAAAAUAAGAAUAAUGAUAUAUUAUAUAAUAAUAAUAAUAUAUAUUGUAUAUUAAUAACUACACACAUGAUCGACUUUUUAUGUACAUAAUUCUCAUAAAUAUCACCGCAACGGUGCAUUUAAAUCAAUUAUAAUUUGGUAACGUAUUGAGUCAUCGCUGCCAGUCGCCUCGCGCAUCAAAUGUAGAAAAAAAUGAAAAUAAUAAAUGCCAUGAAAAAACCCCUUUUGAUGCACGAGAUAAUCUCAAGUGUAUAUAUAUAUAACAUAUUACAAAUAAUAUUUGACGCGCUCUCUACAAAAGAGGUAAAAAUUAUCGCACUUUUCACAUGAGAGAGAGAAAAGGACAAAUUGUAUUUCUAUCCUUUUCCCUCCAAUGUAAAAAUAGCCAUAUUUUUAGCCUAGUUCGGUCAUAAAUUUUUCUAUAAUAUUAAUAAAAUAUUAAUAUAUAUGCAGGGCACGAAAUCAUUAUUUUAUAUUAUAGGGAAUAUUGUAUUUCUUCAAAACUAUUUUCAUCAUUUCAAUUCAAUUAUUAUU